CUACACCAUCAUGACUGCCCUUCCUCCCGCCGCCGAAGCCACGCAAAUAAGCGACCUGGAGCCAAACGCCCUCAGCGCCUAUAAUGUCUGCCUCGCCUUCGAACACGACGCCAAGACGGAAAAAGAUGUCGUGCGUGCAAGACUCCUCGGCUACUUAAUCCUCCAUGCUCCUUCUCUCGACGCGCUCCACGAAGUCGUUAGAGUAAUCCACUCGUGCAGUGACGACUACAAUACCUUGUCCGACCUUGGAGAAUGCUUUAUCAAUGUCUUCAUCCGCCCCUUCAAGAAAUACAAAGGGCGCACGCCAGACUAUUCGGAAUAUUCCAGUCAUCGUUCGCUCAUCAAAGACAAGAUGGAUCUGAUGACCGCAAUUCAAGAGGCAUCGAAAGACCACAAGGAAGCGAAGAUCCAAGCCCUUAUCCGAGAUGGUUUCAAGUGUGUGGUGACCGGAAAAUACGACAUAGAAGCAGUGAGAAUUCCAAGUAUUGAUAAAGCAGAGAUACGCCGAGUACGUGCGAUUCACACAGAAUGCGCCCACAUUGUGCCGGAGUCCACUUUUUUCGAUGUAUCACGCACGAGCUCGCCCGAGAAGAAGGAUUAUGCUGCCUCACUGUUGGCGGUGUUGAAGCGUUUUGGCUAUGAUGUCGAAAAACUGAAUGAUGCCAAGAUGCACUCUCUUUACAACGUCAUGACGAUGCAGAAAGAUGUGCGCGAGUGGUUUGAUCGUCUGGAGAUGUGGUUUGAGGCGACAACAGUCGAGAAUUGCUAUCGUGUCAAGACGUUCGACGAGUUCAACGAGUACCUCGACAUACCUGCGGCGGUAACGUUGACGUCGUCCAACCCUACCACCCUUCCUCUCCCUUCUCCUGAACUGCUAGCCCUGCAUGCGGCUUGUGCCAAAGUUGCCCAUCUCUCAGGUGCAGGUGCCUAUAUUGACGAGCUCGACGGAGAUCUGGAAGAUCUGGAUGUAUUGGCUGAUGACGGAGGAUCAGCCGACGUCCUGAAUCACGCACUGUCGCGUUUGAUGACCGACUCCGUCAAUGUUGGAGCAAAAUGCUGUUAUGAUGCUGCUCCCAUGUAG